AGAGCCUGAGAUGUUGUCUGCUGGAGAGGCUUUAUCAGUGGAAGGUCGCUUCUUUGMUUGUCCUGCUGGUUGGAUCAGAUACAAGAGUAGCUGCUAUCUGUAUGUGAGCGCUGGCAGAUCCUGGACCAGUGCUGCGGCUAAUUGCAAUAGUCUGGGAGCCACCUUGGCUUCUGUCCACGAUUUGUUUGAUUAUAGUUUCCUGCAGCAGCUGACCAGUAGGGGAGGAGGCACCCUUGCCUGGAUGGGAGGACUUUACUUCCAGGGCUGGAGGUGGGUGGACCAGAGCCCCUUCAACUACAACUUCUGGAGUGCUCAGCACACUGCCAGCCGAUACCCGUGCCUCUACGUUAAUGUCAGGGUUGGAUGGUCCAAUCAUAACUGUGGUAAUGGAUGGCCGUCCAUCUGCGUGAAGAACACUGACACCUGUUAGACCUGACAGCAAGACAUGUGUUUACUGACCUGUAUCAUCAUUACAAUGUGAUGGAGGACAUUUUGAAUGUUUGCUCUUGAAAGAUUUAGGAACAAUGAUCAAGCUGCUGGCUCAGGAGCCAUGAGUUUCUGUCGUGACAGAUUAGUUGACUGCUUCAUGCUGUUUAUGAUGCUUCUUCUCUCUUGAUGCCAUGAAAUCAGAUGCUACGAUAUGUAAAUAGGUUAAAGACUCAGUGAAGUUGUUUUUCUUUUGUUUUUUGUACUUUGGAAUAUAUUUUUGCAGAGGCAUAAUGUUCAGAGGAUGUGGAAAUGUAUUAAAUAAAUAAAUGAAGGGAACAUUGUACAGUGUUAUUCUU